CCUAACUAAAUGACAGAGCAAACAGGGAAAUGCUAUCUGUUUGCCUUUGCUGGUUAAAUAUAUGAACUAGAUACAGAUAUCGGUUAUAUCUGUGGUGGUAAGUCAGUAGUUCAGUAUUAGAUAAGGCCUUCGAAUGCGCAGUCAACUAGACAGCUUGGCAGCGAUGCCAAGACCCCUGAGCCGAAUCAUAAUUCCGGAGGUGUUCGUGCGUGGAUGAGUUAAGCCCCGGGCAGAGGGAUCAUCAAUCAUUAAAUAAUAAAUGUGCGACUUAACGCCAACGCUUAAAAGCAGCGACUAACUAAAAAGCAAAAAAUAAUCAUAAAAACAAUAGAGGUCCCCCCCUACGCUAAGAGCGUUAUAGAAAUCCACCGAAUAUGAAUAUAAAUGCGAUUUUGAGAGCUCUGCCAGAACAGUAGGAAAAUUUAAUAAAAAAAAACUUGAAAAAGGGAGGAAAGGCGGGGGAGGAGCUGCCGCUGCCGUUGCCGCUGCUCCUGCUGCUUUGUCUGCAACUCGAUGCCACCAUUCACUUUUCGUUAUUAAUAUAGCAUAUAUAUAUAUUCCUUUUUUGGUUAAAAUUAUGCUAAUCCGUUGAAAUAUGAUUAUGCCGAAUGACAGCAACAACAGCGUGACGGGGGCGGUUAACAGAGGGCGUGGUUGGUCGGUCGCAUAACAUAUAUACAUAUGUCGGCAGGUGUGCCCAUUAAAACGACGGGCUUGUGCAUAAUUUGAUUGCCUUUCGCAGCUAAUUUCGUUUACUGGGAAACCCAAGAGCCCAUCCAGCCAGGCCAGCACUCUCGUCUAAUUAAAUACACGACGGGAAAUUUUCAUAUUAAAUCAUUCGUCGUUGAGUUCUUCUGCUGCUCUCUCCGGGGUUCAGGCCGAAACUUUUUCAAUUAAACGAAAGUCGAAAGGCGACCUUCAAGGCAAACAAAUUUCCAAAAUGAAAUUGCAGGCGAAAAAGUAAUUUAAUUAGCUUAACCCAAAUAGGAAUAAACAAAAACGGAAACCGAAUCAGAGGAAAAGUCCUUUUCAGCGUCUGCAAAUGGAAAUCGAAAGGGUUUCCCGACUGGCCAGAAAACUCUCUCGUCGCGUGCUUUUCUUUUCUGGCCAAGAAAGUUUCACUUCUUUUGAAACGGCGGUGCCAGUCGCCAAACUUGGAGGCGCCAAAAGCAAAAAGGCAAAAAGCCAGAGAGCCGGAGUUGGCAAUAAUAAAAGUAAAAACAAAGCUGGCCUAAAAGCUAUGCAAAUUGGAACUGGAAUUCGAGGCGAUACGGCCAAGUGUUGACUUCCGUCAUCAGCAAAUGAAUUUUUUAAAGUUGUCAAAAGGGAAAGGAAGGAGGUUUUAGUUUCAGGAUCAUGGGAAACAGACAUGCAAUCGUUGUUACUAAGUUAAGAGUCACACUAAACUCGUUUUAGAUUUAUAGAUUUUAAAAGCAGUUGAGAUCAGAUUGAGAUUUUGACAAUAUCCCCUGGGUUAAAAAGUCACGCAUCUGCCAAUUUAUAGUUUUUUCAACAAUUACAAAAUAUACUUCCAGGCCGUAAUUUGAUCAAAAUUUCAGUAGACCAUGUCCGGCAAUUUGUUCAAAUGCACCGCUCUUGGCCGGCAUUCUAGAACAGCGGGAUUACAUAACAGUCGAAAGAUUCUACGGCUUUUAGACGAUGCCUUCAUUCGAUUUCGACAGCCCUUUUUCGAGUCCUGGCGUCGUCGUCAGCGCUUUGAGAAUUAUGAGAAAAGAAAGAUCCCGUCACGGCAGCAAGUUCCAAGGAUACGGCGGGAUCGCUUUCCAGAGACUCCUGUCUACAAAACACCCGACUGUGUGCCCGGAAAGGAUGAGGUGCUUGUGCCCACUCGCAUCCAGCCACCACGGAACUCAAUGUGUUUCUCAGCUGUACGAUUUUAUAGUUCAUCCUCGAUCGAUGGAGAUUCUGGCGAGCCACCGGAAGAUCGUAAGGGAAAACUUAUCAAGUUCACGGUGGGUUCUCGUUCAGAAAAGGAACAAGCAGGAAAGGUUGAGAUAUCGGAAAAGGAGCCGUUAGCCUUUGGCGAAAAUGAAUCAUCCCAGUCAGAUUGCAUAUCAGAGCUCUCGGGAAUAUCCUCGAUCAAGGAAUCAACUCCAGACAACCAGACCCCGGAGGCCUUCGAUAAAGCGGGAGAAGACGAUGAAGCUGAAAAGCUUAUACUAAAAUCAAUCAUAAAGUCCAUAGACUCAUUAACGGAUGAAAUAACUGGAAAAUCGAGUGAUCCCUCAGGAAUCCAGUCACAGCCACCGGAACUAAGCCAAAGUGGAGUCAAACCGCCGACAGGAGGUAAGCCACCUACCAAACCGCCCUCAGGACCUACUACUCCCUCAGGGCCUAAGAAUCCAGCAAAAGGGCCACCCUCUGGGAAACCUAGUCCUCCACUGAAACAGAAAAAAGCUGGUCCAAGCGGGACAAAGCCACCUACUGGAAGUAAGCCACCCAGUAAAGCUCCCACUAAACCUCCCAGUAAACCAGCUGCAGCCAGUAAACCUCCCAGUAAACCAGCUGCAGCUAGUAAACCUCCAAAUAAACCUCCUGCUAAACCGGCAGCAAAGGCAGGAGCUCCAAGUAAGCCUACUACUGGAAGUACUCCUCCGAGUAAGCCCCCAGCAAGUAAGCCUCCUGGCAAGUCACCUCCAGGACCCACGGCGCCAACAGGUGGUCCAAAAGGCGGAGCAGGAGGCAAGUCUGGCAAGUCAGGAGGUGGACCAAGAGUCAUAACUCUAAUGCCUGGUGAUGGCAUCGGACCGGAGAUCUCAAUGGCCGUCAUAAAAAUUUUGGAGGCAGCAAAAGCGCCUUUGAUCUUUGAACCCGUAGACGUAACCCCAGUGACGAACAGCAGAGGUGAGACAUCGAUACCGGAAGAGGUGAUCGAGAGCAUGAACCGAACGAAGGUGGGCCUGAAAGGACCUCUGAUGACUCCUGUCGGUGGUGGCUUCCGCUCCCUUAAUCUUACGCUCCGCCAAACCUUUAACCUUUACGCCAACAUUCGACCUUGUCGAUCUCUGCCAGGAGUGGAGACCAUAUACGGUGAAGUGGACAUAGUGACCAUUCGCGAGAACACCGAGGGUGAAUACUCAGGCAUCGAGCACACCCUGGUCAACGGUGUGGUGCAGAGCAUCAAGCUGAUCACCCGCGAAGCCUCGCUACGGGUGGCCGAGUACGCCUUUCAGUAUGCCAUUGCCAUGAAACGGAAAAAGGUUACAUGCGUUGCCGAAUCUCAAGUCAUGCGGAUGUCUGAUGGGUUAUUCCUGCGAUGUGUCAAGGAGAUGGCCCAGAAGUAUAAGAGCAAAAUGGAUGAGGCGGGUGUUGUCUUCGAGGAGUCCAACAUGACCACCGUAUGUCUGAAUAUCGUCCAAGAUCCCAAACGCUACGAUAUUCUAGUGCUGCCCAAUCUGUAUGGUGAUAUUAUUUCGGAUACUUGUGCUGGCUUGAUCGGUGGAUUGGGCCUUACACCCUCGGGAAAUGUGGGCACCAAUGGUGCCAUUUUCGAGUCUGUCCAUGGAACUGCUCCGGAUAUUGCUGGCAAGGACAUGGCCAAUCCCACUGCCCUGCUACUGUCCUCCGUGAUGAUGCUGCACUACAUUGGCUUGCACGAGCAUGCCGAUAAGAUAGAACAGGCCGUGCUGAAAACCAUCAGGGACGAUAACAUCCGCACCGUGGACUUGGGCGGCAAAGCCAAGUGCUCGGAGUAUACCGAUGCCCUGAUCAAGAAUCUCAAGUGAUCUUUAAGGAAUCCCCAUCAUUGUGUAAAACUCACUUAAAGUUAAAGUUGUCCUUUUAUUAACCUUACGGGUUUGCCCUUACUUAGUUUUGUUAACUCUCCUGCUGACUAAAAUCAACCAUCGUAGUACCCCUUCUUUCCUUAUUCCUAUAUUUUGGAAAUUCAAUAAAAAAAACGUCUCCCUUUCGUUGCAAAA